UUCCAAUGUCAAGUUUGGGGAUUAGGGACUAAUUAUCUACAUAUUGUAAUUUAGCUAAUUAAAAAGAUACAGGUCAAAAUCUGCGAUAGCUAUUUGCCAUGGAAGAGAUACUGUAUAUCUCAAACGAUAUCCCAACGCAAGCUCUGCGAUCACCACCUUCGGAGCUUCUACAGUCGUGCUUAGAACAGAUUCUACAGACACUUCCCCCAAAGGAGAGCUAUAACGAAGAGCAAGCCAGUGGCUUCUUCAUGGGCUAUACGGGUCUUGCUUUUCUUUUCUUUCAGAUCUCGGCUCUUCGCCCAGGCUUAGAGAUUCUCGGCCAUGAUCUGAUCUAUUGGGCAAAGCGGUAUAUGGAGGGCAAAAGGACCGGGAUCGAAUGUUUUAUCGUCAAUAAGGAGCAGGGUUGCGGCCUGUUAAACGAAAGACUCUGCUUUCAGGCUCUGUGGGCCUGUCUCUCUAAAGAGCAUGGCGAUGUACUCGCUUUCCUUUCUGACAUGCCAGCGGUGCUUGGGCCCUACCCCACGGACCAAGGCGACCCCUACGAGACCGAGCUUCUAUAUGGUAGGACAGGCGCUUUGUAUCUACUACGGAUGUUGCGUCACUGGGUGCCCGCCAGUGCGUCGAGCCUUGAGGAGCCGAUAGCCAAACUCGCAGGGAAAAUCAUGGACACGGAUAGCGAUGGCAAGGGCAACUGGGAGUGGAACGGAGACAGGCGCUACGGUCCCCCUCACGGCGAUAUCGGCAUCAUCACUCAGCUAGUACUCACUCUUCCGUCACUCGCACCCAAGCUGUCUGCGAAGGUCGAGGAACUGUUGAGUCUCCAGGGACCAGAUGGUAAUUGGCCGUCCAGUAGAGAUACGAUGGAAACCGAGAAAGGGUGGGAGCGAGUGCAAUACUGUCAUGGAGCCCCCGGGUUUGUUUGUGCUUUGCAGACGCUGCGCCCCUUCUACCCAGAACUUCAUGGCCGCAUCGACCAGGCUAUUGCACGGGGACGGGAAACGACAUGGAGUCGAGGUCUCCUCAAGAAGGAACCGAAUCUCUGCCACGGCAUCCUUGGAAAUGCAUUCGCAUUCCCAAUCGGCCCUAAACGAGAACACUUCCUCGCUCUUUGUACACCCGAUGAGAUUGAAAAGGCAAAAGAAUGUGAUCCAAAGGUAUUCGGGGCAGCCGCCUAUGGUAUGGAGGUAAUGGUUGCCUUGCAAUACCUUCCCAGUGCAGCGUGGACCUGGGCAGUUUGCGAUAUGCCUAUACCGCCCAUGCUGAUGUUUAAUGAUGUCUGAGGCAAUGCAGCGUUAAUUGUCAAUCUCUGAACCACUAGACCGCCCAGAUCUUUCAUGGCUAUAAAUGUGGUGGGUGCAAUGGUGUAUAUAUUCUGCUAUGUGAGAAUGAUAAUACAUGCCAUAGACUCGAAAGAAUUGGACAUCCCACCAGGUUAACCAUACACAAG